AUGUCUGUUAUAACUGAUUUACUUGUAUUUAAUGGUAUGUCUAAUUCAACAAAACCUACUCUAUUGUCAAUAAUUUCUGACAGUGAUGAGAAUGAUCAUUCUCAUCUAUGGAUUGAUGAUCAUUUACCAUUUGGUUCACACGAUCAUUCAAUUCGUUUAGAAUAUAUUUCAUUUGUAAUUACAAUAUUAGCAUUUAUUAUCGGAAUAACAGGAAAUUUAUUUCUUUUAAUUGGUAAUGGUUAUGUAUUACGUACAUCUCGUCCAAAAUCUCGUACAUUUGAAAAUUUUCUCAUUGAAAUAACAUGUUUUGAUACAAUGGUUUUAAUUUAUCAUUUAAUUAAUAAUAUUAUAAGAUAUAAAACUUCAUUAAGUACAACGACAAUGGAAUCCAUGACUGGUCUUAUUAAUAUUUCAACAUUUUGUUGUAAAUUAAUGACCUAUGUUAUUCGUAUAUCAAUGUUAAUGAGUCAUUGGCUUAUCGUUUUAUUAUUACUUAAUCGUCUACUAUUAGUUUAUUCUAAAUUUCAAUAUGCAUUAGCCAUUGUUAAUGCUAAAUAUGCUGUAUUAGGCAUGUUAUUUUUAUUUAGUUUAUUUAAUGUUCCAACAAUUGAGUCAAUGUCAUUUAAUGAACCAAUUAUAUUUUCUAUAAAUGAGACAACAAAUUUUACAUUUUAUAGAAAUUGUCUUGUUAAUUCAGAAAUGGAUUUAGAGUCAUCAUUUAAAUCAUUUGUUGUCUUUAUUAAUGUAUUUUUAUUUAAUGGUUUUGGUCUUAUAUUACCAACAAUACUUAUAUUAUUAUUAUCAUUAGCUUUAUUUCGUAAAGGAUAUAAUAUAUGGUAUCAAUUAAAUAAUCGUACAUCAUCAACAGAAAAUAUUUGUCUAACAUAUGAUUCACCAAUUGUAGAAUUUUUAAAAACAUAUAAUUCUGCUUUUUCAAUUGGUAUUAUAUUUUUUAUAUUAUCAGUACCAUGUAAAAUAUUACGUUUAAUAAUAAUUACAACAAAUUCAACAACAAUAUUAAUUAAUUCUCAUAGACAUUUAAGUACAAUUGGUCAAAUAUUUGAAUUAUCAUUAUAUAUUUAUAAAUUUUAUAUUUAUAUUUUUGUAUCAAGACGUUUUCGUUGUGCACUUAAAUAUUUAUUAAAACAUCGUCAAUCAACAAUAAUCGCAAGAAAUUUAAAUCGUAUUUAUAUUAGUCAAUCAUAUGAUUCUGUACCAUUUGACACAUUAUAUAAACAUUUACAAACAACUGAAUUUGAUUCACCAAUUAAUUUAUCAUCAAGUAGAAGAAGUUCAUAUAAAACACGUUCAAGUGUAUCAAGUAGAAAAACAAGAGAAGAUGAAAUAUCAUUGUAA